AUGGCUCCAAGUGGUGUGACAAAUGCUUCUCUUGCUGGAGUGUGUGCUGCAUUUGCUGGAAUAUGCGCCAAAUUUGCGCUUUCCCCCGAAAAUCCUCAAGUUUUAGUGCGUUUCUUGGAUUCAUACAUUCCACCGUCUUACAAUUCUUGGAUCAUAAGAGGUUUUUUUGCUGUAGCAACACUUACCUUUAAUUCACUGAUGCUCACUUUAACAGCUAAAGCUCUUCAGUUAUGCCCAACAACAGUUCAGUCAGUUGUUACAACUUCAGCUGUGAACUUCCUAGUCACAGGAAUCUUGGGGACAGUUUUUCUUGGAGAAUAUGUUGGCUUCAUUGGAAUUAUUGGAAUGAUAUUCAUUCAAAUAGGAGUGUUGAUCAUAAGUAACGAAAAAGAAAAAGUUGACUGACGUUGGUUUCAUGUUCUUACAAAUUCAAUGCUACAUAAACAGUUUUUGGAUGUGAAUUACAUUUUGGGCAUCUCACCCUGUAA